AUGAAGAGAAAACCCGGAGGAAAAAACUCGCGCCGCCACCAUCACUCCCCUCGAUUCGUCGGUGCCCCCCAACUCCCGCCCUUCCCCCUCCUCCCUCCACGUCGCCGGUGGCCGCCUUUCCGGCCCACCCGACGCCGAUUCCGUUGCCGGCUGAAGAUACCGGCGCUGUCCUCCUCCUGCGCCGCCGUCCCCUGCCUACUGCUCCGCUCGAUCGGGCAACCAGAUCCCGCCUUCCUCGCCACCACCGCAUUCUACGAGGGCACGAAGAUCUUCCUUACAUAUCCUACGAGGUCACGUACUUACUUCAGAUCUAGAGGUGACAGCGGCGAUGACUUUUUUCCGGUGGCCGCUAGGAACAGGGAGGCGGUGUCCACGAGGAUCGGUGGGGCGGCGGCGCGACCACCCCCACCCUUCUGUGCAGCCAAACCCCCUCCCCGCCGGCGCGACCACCUGCACCCUGUAAAUUGGAGAUCCGAUGGCUCCUUCUCCACCUCCUCCAUCGGCGGCAUGCAGUACGCAGACUUCAAGUGGCUGAUCCGCAAGCACCUGGUGGCGGUGGCGGAGGCCUUUCCGUCUCUCCACCCCAAGACCUCCCUCUUCACCCACAACGACGGCCGGGCCGCCCACGUCCUCCAGGCCGAUGGCACCAUCCCCAUCCACCACACCUGUCGCGGCGGCGGCAGCGCCCUGGGCCGGCGGUCGCGGCGAGAUCGAGGAGGGGAUCGCCAUCAGGACACCGAUUUGGUGAGGUUUUGUGCGAGCUCGGAGCUGUCAUUUAGCGGAACACUUUCUGCGAUAUUUGUGGGCACCUUUUCUGAAUUAUUAUGCUCGUGUAACAUUAGCAAGUAUAUUUGGGUGAAAUUGUGGGCAGCUUAUUAGUUUAGCCCAAGAAUUUGGGGGAGUCUAAAUAUGCUGCAGCUAUGAAGCUUUCACGCAUCAAAAGCGUGAGGUCUAUCGGCCGUCUGGUAUCGAUUGCAAAGUGGAGAAUUUAUGUAAUGUGGUUUGCUGGUCUGCUGACUGCUGUGAGAUUUGCGGGUUAUUUUUUUUUCUUGGAUACAGAUUUGAGGUUUGGGGUGGUAGUUAUGGUUUUAAUUACAAAUGUUGCUGGUUAUGUUUUUUAAUCCUACAUGGCCGCUUGGAAGUUGCAUCAUAUCGGCUUUGAGAGUAGGAUCAGGUGCCUUGUAGUUGUAGGGUCAUUUUAAUUGUGCGUUCACUUGUUUCGCAUAGUUGCAAGCAGUAAGGAGCAAGAAAGUCUCAAUUCAAGUGCUUCUAUUAUGUUAUCCUUUUGUACAUUUUAGUUAUUUCUGCAAGUCAUCAUGCCCUUAUGCUGUAUAUAUCUACAAGCUAGAGCUUCAUGUUGUCAUCUCCGAUGCUGGUUGCUAGAGAUACCAGCUUUAUUUGGUGCAAUAGGGAGGAGUCAUCAUGGAUCGCCUUGGAGCAUUGUGCUUUGUUUCCGUUCAAAGGUUAUAACACCAAAUCGUUGUAGAAACACGUAUCUCUUGUAUAGUUAGCAGAUUUUUUCAGGUUGAAGCUCUGCAAAUAUAGUUGUGUUAGCGUUUAGAAGUUGAGUUGUAAGUUAGGAUAAUUAGGUAGCUCUGAUAUGAUUACCAUCUUUGUAAUCAAAGCAUCUAUUUCUGGCACU